GAUCAAAAUACUUGCUGAACAGCGGAAUCAGAGACCAAUAAAAAUAAACUUCUACUUGAACAUCAUUUGACUGGUUAGCCAGAUGCUGCAACCCUACAAUAUAUUGAUAUGCAGAUCACAUGGACUUGCUGCAAGUUGCUGAUGUAUAUUCACGAUGAGUGGAUUAGGAGAAAACUCCUUGGAUCCACUGGUCCCUGAUUCACGAAAGCGCAAAUUGCCAUGUGAUACCCCAGGACAAGGUCUUACCUGCAGUGGUGAAAAGUGGAGACGGGAGCAGGAGAGUAAAUACAUUGAAGAAUUGGCUGAACUGAUAUCUGCUAAUCUUAGUGAUAUUGACAAUUUCAACGUCAAACCAGAUAAAUGUGCAAUUUUGAAGGAAACAGUAAGACAGAUACGCCAAAUAAAAGAGCAAGGAAAAGCUAUUUCCAAUGAUGAUGAUGUUCAGAAAGCUGAUGUAUCUUCUACAGGACAGGGGGUUAUUGAUAAAGACUCCUUAGGACCACUUUUACUUCAGGCAUUGGAUGGUUUCCUGUUUGUGGUGAAUCGUGAUGGAAACAUUGUAUUUGUGUCAGAAAAUGUCACACAAUAUCUGCAAUAUAAGCAAGAGGACCUGGUUAACACAAGUGUCUAUAAUAUCUUGCAUGAAGAAGAUAGAAAGGAUUUCCUUAAAAACUUACCAAAAUCUACAGUUAAUGGAGUUACCUGGACAAAUGAGACCCAGAGACAAAAAAGCCAUACAUUUAAUUGCCGUAUGUUGAUGAAAACACCACAUGAUAUUGUGGAAGACAUGAACACUAGUCCUGAAAUGCGCCAGAGAUAUGAAACCAUGCAGUGCUUUGCCCUGUCUCAGCCACGAGCUAUGAUGGAGGAAGGGGAAGAUUUGCAAUCCUGUAUGAUCUGUGUGGCACGCCGCAUUACUACAGGAGAAAGAGCAUUUCCAUCAAACCCUGAGAGCUUUAUUACUAGACAUGAUCUUUCAGGAAAACUUGUCAAUAUAGAUACAAAUUCACUGAGAUCCUCUAUGAGACCUGGCUUUGAAGAUAUAAUUCGAAGGUGUAUCCAGAGAUUUUUUAGUCUUAAUGAUGGGCAGUCAUGGUCUCAGAAACGUCACUAUCAAGAAGCUUAUAUUCAUGGCCAUGCAGAAACUCCAGUGUAUCGAUUCUCUUUGGCUGAUGGAACUAUAGUGACUGCACAAACAAAAAGCAAACUCUUCCGAAAUCCUGUAACAAAUGAUCGUCAUGGUUUUGUCUCAACCCACUUUCUUCAGAGGGAACAGAAUGGGUAUAGACAGAACCCAAAUCCUGUUGGACAAGGCAUUAGACCUCCAGCGGCUGGAUGUAAUUCGGUAGGUGGCAUGAGCAUGUCACCAAACCAAGGCUUACAGAUGCUGAACAGCAGGGCCUAUGGCUUGGCUGACCCUGGCACCACAGGGCAAAUGAGUGGAGCUAGGUAUGGGGCUUCCAGUAACAUAGCCACAAUGAACCCUGGGCCAGCCAUGCAGUCACCAUCUUCCUACCAGAACAACAACUAUGGUCUCAACAUGAGUAGCCCCCCACAUGGGAGUCCUGGUCUUGGCUCCAACCAGCAGAAUAUCAUGAUUUCUCCUCGUAACCGCGGGAGUCCGAAGAUGGCCUCACAUCAGUUUUCUCCUGUUGCAGGUGUGCACUCUCCUAUUGGAUCUUCGGGCAAUACUGGGAGCCACAGCUUUUCCAGCAGCUCGCUUAGUGCCCUUCAAGCUAUCAGUGAGGGUGUGGGGACGUCUCUUUUAUCUACUUUGUCUUCACCAGGCCCUAAAUUGGACAACUCUCCCAAUAUGAAUAUAACUCAACCAAGUAAAGUGAACAGUCAGGAUUCAAAAAGUCCCUUAAGCUUGUAUUGUGACCAGAAUCCAGUGGAGAGUUCAAUGUGUCAGUCAAAUAGCAGGGAUCACCUCAAUGACAAAGACAGUAAGGAGAGCAAUGUUGAAGGAUCAGAGAAUCAGCGGGGUCCUCUGGAAAGCAAAGGUCAUAAAAAAUUACUGCAGUUACUUACCUGUUCUUCUGAUGACCGGGGUCAUUCCUCUUUGACCAACUCCCCCCUGGAUUCAAGUUGUAAAGACUCUUCCAUUAGUGUCACCAGCCCCUCUGGGGUCUCCUCUUCAACGUCUGGAGGAGUGUCCUCCACAUCCAAUAUGCAUGGGUCACUGCUGCAAGAGAAGCACCGGAUUUUGCACAAGUUGCUGCAGAAUGGCAAUUCACCAGCUGAAGUGGCCAAGAUUACCGCAGAAGCCACUGGAAAAGACACUAGCAGUGCAACAUUCUGUGUGGAAGGAAACGUCAAGCAGGAGCAACUAAGUCCUAAGAAGAAGGAAAAUAAUGCCCUGCUCAGAUACCUGCUAGACAGGGACGAUCCUAGUGACACACUCUCUAAAGAAGUACAGCCCAAAGUGGAGGGAGUAGACAACAAAAUGAGUCAGUGCAGCAGCUCCACUGUGCCUAGCUCGAGCCAAGAGAAAGACGCUAAAAUUAAGACAGAAGCAAAUGAAGAGGGAUCUGGAGAUUUGGAUAAUCUAGAUGCAAUUCUUGGGGAUCUGACUAGUUCUGACUUUUACAAUAAUUCUGUAUCUACAAAUGGUAGUAAUCUGGGAACCAAGCAACAAAUGUUUCAAGGAACUAAUUCUCUGGGUUUGAGGAGUCCACAGUCUGUUCAGUCCAUUCGUCCUCCAUACAACCGAGCAGUGUCUCUAGAUAGCCCUGUUUCUGUUGGCUCAAGUCCUCCAGUAAAGAAUAUCACUGCUUUCCCCAUGUUACCAAAGCAACCCAUGUUGGGUGGGAAUCCAAGAAUGAUGGAUAGUCAGGAAAAUUAUGGCUCAAAUAUGGGUGGACCAAACAGAAACGUGACUAUGAAUCAGACUCCUUCCUCUGGAGACUGGGGCUUGUCAAACUCAAAGGCCAGUAGGAUGGAAUCCAUGAGUUCAAAUUCCAUGGGAAGACCAGGAGCAGAUUUUAAUGCUUCUUUACCCAGACCUACAAUGGGUGGCUCGAUGCCCACCUUGCCUCUUCGGUCCAAUAGCAUUCCUGGUGCAAGACCAAUGUUGCAGCAGCAGCAGCAGCAACAGCAGCAGCAGCAGCAACAGCAGCAACAGCAACAGCAACAUCAACAGCAACAGCAACAUCAGCAGAUGCUUCAAAUGCGGCCUGGUGAAAUUCCCAUGGGAAUGGGGGUCAGUCCUUAUGGCCCAGCAGCACCAUCUAACCAAUCAGGUUCCUGGCCAGACGGCAUGUUGUCCAUGGAACAAGGCCCUCAUGGGACUCAAAAUAGGCCACUCUUCAGGAAUUCUCUGGAUGAUCUUCUUGGGCCACCUUCUAACCUAGAAGGACAGAACGAUGAAAGAGCAUUGUUGGACCAGCUGCACACGCUCCUAAGCAACACCGAUGCCACAGGCUUAGAAGAAAUUGACAGAGCUCUGGGCAUCCCUGAACUUGUAAAUCAAGGACAAGCUUUGGAGCCCAAACAGGAUGUUUUCCAAGGCCAAGAAGCAACAGUAAUGAUGGAUCAGAAGGCAGCAUUUUAUGGGCAGAUGUAUCCAGCACAGGGGACUCCAAUGCAAGGAGGCUUUAAUCUUCAGGGACAAUCACCAUCUUUUAACUCUAUGAUGAGUCAGAUGAACCAGCAAGGCAAUUUUCCUCUCCAGGGAAUGCAUCCUAGGGCCAACCUCAUGAGACCUCGGACAAACACCCCCAAGCAACUUAGAAUGCAGCUUCAGCAGAGGCUACAGGGCCAACAGUUUUUGAAUCAGAGCCGGCAGGCACUGGAAAUGAAAAUGGAAAACCCCACUGCUGGUGGAGCGGCAAUGAUGAGGCCCAUGAUGCAGCCCCAGGUGAACUCCCAGCAGGGGUUUCUUAAUGCCCAGAUGGUUGCCCAGCGCAGCAGGGAGCUGCUAAGUCAUCACUUCCGACAGCAGAGGGUGGCGGCGAUGAUGAUGCAGCAGCAGCAGCAGCAGCAGCAGCAGCAGCAGCAGACCCAGGCCUUCAGCCCACCCCCUAACGUGACCGCCUCCCCCAGCAUGGAUGGGGUUUUGGCAGGGCCUGCCAUACCACAGGCUCCACCCCAGCAGUUUCCAUAUCAACCAAAUUAUGGAAUGGGGCAACAACCAGAUCCAGCCUUUGGUCGAGUGUCCAGUCCUCCUAAUGCAAUGAUGUCAUCAAGAAUGGGUCCCUCCCAGAAUCCUAUGAUGCAGCACCCUCACACCGCACCUAUGUAUCAGUCCUCGGAAAUGAAAGGCUGGCCAUCAGGAAACCUGGCCAGGAACAGCUCCUUCCCCCAGCAGCAGUUUGCCCACCAGGGGAAUCCUGCAGCAUAUAAUAUGGUGCACAUGAAUGGCAGCAGUGGUCCCAUGGGACAGAUGAACAUGAACUCCAUGCCCAUGUCUGGCAUGCCCAUGGGCCCUGAGCAGAAAUACUGCUGACGUCUCCACACCAGGACUUCUGAAGAAAUCACUGUACAAAUGACACUGCACUAGGAUUAUCGGGAGUAAAGAAUCAUUAUUCUAGGCACCCAGCUUUGAAGAAAGGACCAGCUUUGAUCUUCAUCAAGGGUAUUCCAAGUGAUGUCAUUUGAAUAGGACUGGAUUUUAAGCUGA